CAACGAAGCGCUACGGAAUAUUGUUGUUAGUCACAUCGUGCUGUGAUAUCAUCACGACAACACGUACUUAAAAAUUAUCAGUAUAUUUUUUAACUUUAAAUAAUAAAUAAAUAGCUAUAAAAAAUAAAUAAAAAAUAAAAUAAAAUAAAAAAAUAAUUAAUAAAUAAAAUUUAAUGAAAAUUAAUUAAAUCAAAAAAAAAAUAAAAUAAAAUAAAAUAAAAUAAAUAUUUCAUUUUAAGUGAAUUAAUUACAAUUAACAUUCGAGUGAUAAUGUUGUUCUUUCGAGGACUCUGGAAGAGUAAUUCAAAACAUAAAAAACUUUGUGAAGAAUGGGCUCUAGCAAGUAGUCGUGAAUGUAUUGAAAUCGGAGAAUCAAUCGGACUUAAUUCUAAUAGUUUAGGACCAUUUCCAGACGAUGAAGAACAUGAAUCGAAAUUUAAUCUUAAAUAUCUUGGUAGUACACUUGUUGAAGUACCAUCAAGUGAAGAAGCAACUGCCGAUGCGAUAAAAACAAUUAUAACACUGGCAAAAGCAAGUGGCAAAAAAUUACGACGAGUAAUUCUCGGUGUAAGUCAUCAUGGUAUACGAAUGACUGACAUCUCAACAAAAGUGGAACAAUUUCAUAUUUCCAUUUACAAAAUAUCAUACUGUUCAGCGGAUGCAACAUAUGAUCAUGUAUUUGCAUUUAUUGGUACAAAUGCAAAUGAAACACUUGAAUGUCAUGCUUAUUUAUGUCCAAAACGUAAAAUGGCACAAGUUGUGACAUUAACUGUUGCUCGUACAUUUAAUUCAGCGUAUGAAUCGUGGCAAAAGACACAAGCUAAUAUGAAAAUACGUGAAUUAGAAGCAGCUGGUCCGUCAGGCUCAUCAAAAAUUUCUACAACUGAUCAUUUUAAUGAUAUUGAUGAAAUAAUGGAUGAGGAUGAAAAUGCAAUUGCUGGGCCAAGUGGUAUAGCAAAUGAAAAAAAUUUACUUAUUGAUUUGGAGAGUGAGAUGGAAUCAACCGUUGAAAAAUCUUGGGUUUCAUUCGAGGAUGAUUGUAUUGAGGAAAAAUAUAUAACAAAAUCAAGUGAUACAAAUAAUAUUGCCAUGACGACAAUUAAGGGUAAUGCAAAUUAUCACGUUGUUCCACGACCAACAACUGGUUUAAAAAUUCAAAAUGCCUGGGGCGAGACACGUUCAUCGGAUCUUCGAUGUUCAUAGCAAACAAUAACAAAGACCGAUAGUUUUCAAGAUGUACCAUUAAUCACUGGACUUUGGAAACAUUUAUCAAAUAAUACACCGAAUUUUAAAGUUCCCGAAAAAAUCAAAGAAAAUAAGGGAAUUAAAAAAUAAGUCAAUCUUUGUGAGGAAAUAAAAUAAAAAAAACGAAACGAAACUCUAUAUCAACGAGUUUUUUUGUUCAAUCAUCUAUGAUCAUAAGUUUGUUUUUUUUUUUAUCACAUUUUAAUUUACAUUUACUUUUUU